GUUCCAGGUCGCCGAGCACGCGUGGCCCACAUCUCGGGCCAGCCACUCUGAGGGCCGGCCGCUGAUGGAGAGCUGGUCGUGCUGACCCCCAGGGCCCCAGAAGAUGCCUUGGCGCUAGAAAGUCGGUCCGUGCUGUGAUGGAUCCCAGCACCUGACUGCAUUGCCAUGGCGAUGAUCCUGACCCGGCCUCUCGAAAACCAAGGUGCCGCUGACUCCAUCACACGCAAGCCUUUACACCCCGAGCUGCACACUCCAGAGAAGAUGAGUCAAGGACCCACACUUUUCUCCUGCGGAAUGAUGGAAAGUGGCGGAUGGAGAGACCUGGACAGGAAGUGCCCUCUUCAGCUGGAGCAGGCCAGCAGUAUCUGGGACUGCCUGCCUGAGAAGGGUCCGGACAGCUCCCUCUGGUCCAGAGACACGGCCGGCGCCUGCUCCGUGACCAACCUGAUCAAGGACCUCAGCCUCAGCGACCACCACGGCAACCCGUCGGCCCCGCCCAGCAAGCGGCAGUGUCGCUCCCUGUCUUUCUCGGAUGAGAUGUCCAGCUGCCGGACGGCAUGGAGGCCCUUGGGAUCUAAGGUCUGGACUCCUGUUGAGAAGAGGCGGUGUUACAGUGGCGGGAGCGUGCAGCGGUACUCCAGUGGCUCCUGCGCCAUGCAGAGGAGCUCCAGCUUCAGCCUUCCCUCUCGUGCCAACGCGCUCUCCUCCUCCUCCUCCUCCUUCUCGGAUCAGGCCGGCUUUCCCGGCAGAUUCGGGGGCCAGCCCCGCCACGGGAUCCUGGGGGCGGCCGCCUGCACGCAGGCCGGAGACAUCUGGCGCGGUGAUUCGGGGCCUGCUGGCGGGCGCAGGAUGGACAUCCAGCGGUCCCUCUCUUGUUCUCAUGAGCAGUUCUCCUUUUCAGAAUACUGCCCCCCCUCCGCCAGCAGCACGCCCGCCUCCACCCCCGAGCUGGCGAGACGCUCCAGCGGCCUGUCCCGGAGCCGGUCCCAGCCCUGUGUCCUCAAUGACAAGAAAGUGGGAGUCAAGCGACGGCGGCCUGAAGACCCUCAGGAGCUGAGGCCCUCCCUCGACCUUGCCAAGAUGACGCAGAAUUGUCAAACCUUCAACAGCCUCAGCUGCCUUAGCACCAUGGUGGAUGACCGAGGUCAGCAGAGCCCAUUUGCCACCAGCACGAAUAACUCCAAGUCCUGGACAGCCUUGCUCUCUGCCUGCCCUGGCACAGAAGGCGGGGAGCCUGCGGGGACCCCCGGCCCAGACCCUCCUCCCACCGCCGAGGAAUGUACGCUCAGCAAAGAGGAUCUGUCCUUCGAGGAGUCGGCCCGUGGCCUCCCCGACGAGGAGAGCGGUCGACGGGAGGAGGAGCGGGCCCCGGCGUGGCGGAGCGCUGGGACGGACGGGGCUGGUAUCUUCCCUUUGGACGGCGAGUUGGACAUCGAGCAGAUAGAAAACAACUAGGGGAGGGCAAAAGACGU